AUGACUGAAACGAAAAUAAUGCUUUUGGGGUGUAAUAACGUCGGGAAAACUUCGAUAGUGACUCGUUUUGUUUGUAACAAGUUUACAAAAGUUUACGAACCCACACUAGACGAACCAGAGAUAAUAUCUGUCACCGUCGAUGGUGAUAUUUAUUUAUUGGAAUUACUCGAUGUUGCUAAUUGCGAAGAGCUGAGUGCAUAUAGAGAACAUAACAUUCACAUAAGCGAUGGGUUUAUUGUUGUUUACUCCAUAACAAAUUCAUCCUCUUUUUAUCAAGUUACGCAUUUUAUCGAAACAAUCUACAGAAUUUUCGAUAAAGAAUCGAGUGAACGCAUUCCAAUGGUAUUAUGUGGUAAUAAAUGUGAUAUGGAAUGUAAUAGAAUUGUCACUACAAAAGAAGGAAGAAAACUUGCUGAAGAAUUAAAUAUUUUAUUUUAUGAAGUAUCUGCUAAAAAUAAUAUUAACAUUAAAGAAGUUGUGAAUGACCUUUUGAGAGAAGUAAAUAAACACAAAAAUGAUGUUAAUACAACCAAGUUACAUUGUGAUACCAAUAAAUAUAAAAAUAAGUCAUUAAAUAAUAUAAUAUUUUAUAUACUUUUUAAACGUAAAAGUUCUAUAACAUUUAAAACUAACAUGAGUGGUCGUUUCAAAUGUGAGCAAUUUAACAAAUCAACAAUUUAUCAAGCGAACUGUAUUUUGUAUUAA